AUGCCGAAAUACCUCACCCCUGUGUCACGGGCAAAGAUCCGAGAGUUACACAUUGAGGUUGCAAGCCUUCAGGAUAAAUUAGCUGCGCAGGCACUGCAACAGGAACACGAGCUCGAUGUUCUCCAAAAGCAGCUCACAAGCAAGGACGCAGAGAUUCAGCAAUUGAAGCAUCUACAUGCUGAAGAACUCAAGAAACCCUUGAAGUCAUACCUGCAGCCCACGAAAUCCACACUGCUGAAACAGACACCCGACAGGAGAUCAUCAAAUCUUGCAACAUCGAUUUCGAUUCGUGAUACACAAGGCAAGCUCAUAGUGGACUCGAGUCUGAAUGAAGCGAGUUACAUGCGGCCAACGAAAUCAACGUUGAGCAGGGCAGGCAAAUUGCCCCCUCCGCUCACAGAAGAUGAACUGUAUGCUCAAUAUUGGGCCGCUAGAUGCCCGGUCGACCUGACUCAUGAUGAACCUGACUGCAGUGAUCGAAGCAUCGAGGCUGAGAACGCGGUCUCGCCAGAGAAGGACGCACUAUGUGCCGACGAAUAUUUUGAGCCCACUGUAUACUACCAUCCCAAUGUCGGUGAUCGCGGAAACUAUCGAGAAUCUUGUCACUGCCCAUUCUGUGAGGAUUUCCAAUCUGGCAGACACAUCCAAGUUGUAGCAGAUAUACAGGACCGAACGCGAUGUCACGACAAGUUCUUCGACAAGCCGAGUUCGCGCAUCUCAAUUCCCUUCGAGCACCAACUCCGGCUCUUGAGAGCAGCAUACUCGAUUGCGCAAAAGGCCUUCUGGCACGGACUCGAGAGGUACUGGCCAGGCCAAGAAAUGUACAACUACCCUCUCGGCCCUGACAGCGUUCGAUUUGGGUUCUCGGAGUUGAAGGAAGUCCUUGGCAGUAUGCACAACUUUAGCUGGAGUCUCCGAUCCUUCCUGUACCCCGAAGUCAAUGGUCGUUGGGCUGAUUUGUGCACUCGAGUGCCCACUUUCGUUGAGCCAACGAUAAUAAACAUGCGGGGAAUUCGUAACGUUCUUGCUCAUCCCAGCAAUCUGCUUUCAGACUAUGUCGAUAGCCUCUUGAAGGAUGCGCACGAUCUGGCAUGCAUGAUGAGGGACGAGCCAAGAGCACUCGAGGUUCGAGCAUUGCGAGACGAACUGCGAGACCUGGCCACUGAGUCGUUCAACGAGAUUGAGAGAUUGGAGCCAUGGAUACAUCUCCCAAACGACAUCGUGUGGCCAACUCACCAUGAGGCGACCUUCCAGCAAAUGCUUCGAUCACUUCAACUUGGCGAUGACAACCCACGCAAGGCAUUGGGCCGAGCAGUCUACCAUCCCGGGCCUGUCGAAUUGGCAAAGGAGGAACCACUGGUUGAGUUACAAAGAUCAGGAGCAUAUGAGUAA